CUGUUAGCCACUGUUAGUCUUCAAUUUUCUUAAUUUUAUCAUGGAUAACUUUAAUACACCUGUAAAACAAAAAGUAAAUAAUGUAUUGAAUGUACCUGCAUCACCCCUUUUGCAGCAUUUAGGUUACGGGACAGGAGUUCAAGUUUAUCGCUUUAAUCGUUCCCCACAAGCUGGUAAAAUAAAUUCGCCUUGGGCACUAAAAUACUUAACUAAAAGGAAACUUAAACAAUCUGAUUGUUUAAGCAUUGAGCAUCGACUCAAUGAAGAAGCUAACAUUUUGAAGAAAUUAGAUCACCCAAACAUUGUUGGAUUUCGAGCCUAUACAAGUCUACCAGAUGGGAGAAAGGUUUUGGCCAUGGAAGAUUGUACAGUAUCACUAGGUGAUCUGAUAGAAACUCGUCUUGAAAAUGAGGGUACUCCUUUUGAGGCAGUAAAGAUACUCAAAAUGAUUGUUGAUAUGGCUAGUGCUUUAGACUACUUACAUACUAAAGCACAUUUAUUACAUGGUGAUGUUAAAUCUCAUAACAUUUUGAUCAAAGGGGAUUUUGAUAUAUGUAAAUUAUGUGAUUUCGGAGUCAGUUUACAACUUGAUCAAAAUGGCAGUGUUUUACCCAAUAACUUUUACAAAGGUACAGAGCUAUGGUCAGCACCUGAAACUAUGGAUGAAGGUAAAAUAACAAAUAAAGCUGACCUAUUUUCCUUAGGCCUUAAAUGGGAAAUGUUAUCUCUAACACCUCCACAUGUACCUGUUUGUGAUGAAUCAAAUUUAAGUUCCGUGAAUGAAAGCAUCGAUGAAAUAGAGACAUUAGGAACUAGGCCCGAUCUGCCAAAUAUAGAAUUCUCUGAAGACUAUAAUCCAGUACUCGAAUGUUUUUAUAUAUUAACUGAAGAAAAUCCCAUCAACCGACCAUCUGCUUCCUUGCUUAUUGAGUUGUUAAAACAAUUUAAACUUUAAAUUUAAUUGAAAUUGAUAAAUAGAUUAGUGUAAAUCAAAUAUUUGA